GCGUGCCUAUACACACACGGGUCAAUCCAGGUGUUCAACAGCAGCUGGCACUGGAAAACAUGCAAAUGACCUCGUGAGCCCUGCCGCUGAUAGCUGCGAAGCCAACAGCUGUCACGAUGGAGGCGCUGGCACCCUACCAGCGCCUCUCCAUCUACCAAACGAAGGCGCGGCUGUUCGUGGUGGGCUACUGCAAGCUGCGCAACACCGCGGCGCUGCUCAAGAUCAGCAAGCAGGAGCCGACGCAACUGGAUGCGGCGGAGGUGGCGGGCGCGUACAGCCUGGCGGAGGUCCGGGCCAUGCUGGGCCAGAUCCAUUCCGCCAAUGCGCACCUGGGCGGACUACAGCUGGUGACGCACUGCUGCGGCAUCCUGGGCUGCUUCCGCUUCACGGAGACCUACUACCUGCUGCUGGUCACACGCAAGGCGGCGGUGGGCAGCAUCUGCGGACACAAGGUGUACACUGUUGCCGCCACGGCGCUGGUGCCGCUGCACCCCGGCUACCACUCGGCAGCGGGCGGCAGUACCUCAAGCACGGCGGAGAAGCGUUACGUUAAGCUGCUCAUGGGCAUGGACCUGACCAAGCACUUCUACUUCUCCUACACCUACAACCUGGCCGCGACGCUGCAGCAGAACUGCCAGCGCGCGGCGGAGCAGCAGCAGCAGGCGGCAGCGGCGGCGGCGGCGGACGCGAGUGUGGCCGCUGCGGGCCUGUUCCCAGACGGCCCCGCAGCGCCCGGAGAGGACGACGCCACCCCGCCCCACCCCUCCCGCCUGCCCCACACCGACGCCGCCGGUCCCGGUCCCUGCAACGAUAACGGUAACAGUAACGGUACGGCGGGCAGUGGCGGCGCCGCCGGUGGCGCCGCCAAUGAUGUGUACGACAGCAUGUUUGUGUGGAAUGCCUAUCUGACGGCGGCGCUGCGGCGGGCGCUGGGCGCCAGUGGCGGCGGCGGGUCCAGCGGAGGAGGAGCAGGAGGAGGAGGAGGAGGGGGAGGGGGAGGGGGAGGAGGCGGCUGCAGGUGGACGGUGCCGCUGAUACACGGCUUCUGGGAGCAGCGGCGCCUGUCCAUCUACGGGCGGCCGCUGACGCUGACGCUCAUCGCGCGGCGCUCGCGGCACUUUGCGGGCACCCGCUUCCGCAAGCGCGGCAUCAACGACGGCGGCAAGGUGGCCAACGAGGUGGAGACGGAGCAGGUCGUGGACGCGGGCCUGGACUACCGCACCCGCACUCCGCUGCUUAGCUCUGCUGUGCAGCUGCGCGGCUCCGUGCCUCUGUUCUGGAGCCAGCAGCUCAGCGCGCUCAGCCCCAAGCCCGAGAUCGUGCUGCAGCAGUUCGACCCGCUGUACCAGGUGACGUCCGCCCACUUUGACGACCUGGAGUCCCGCUACGGCGCCCCCCUGGUGGUGCUCAACCUGCUCAAGAGCAAGGAGCGCAGGCCCAGGGAGACGCUGCUGCGGCGCGAGCUGGCGGCGGCCAUUGCGCAGCUCAACGCGGCGCGGGGGCGGAGCAGGCCGCACGUGGUGUACAUCCCCUGGGACUUCUCCAAGCACGCCAAGCAGUCAGGCGCCAACCUACUCACCGAGCUGGCAGCCAUCACCCGACUGGCGCUGGACAUGACCGGACUGUUCGUACACAACCCCGCGGCGCCGGCGGCGCGGCAGCAGGCGCUGGCGGCGGCGGCGGCGGCGGCGCGGGGCGAGGGCACGGCGCCUGGGCAGGGGCUGCUAUCGGCGGGAGGAGGGGGAGGAGGGCUGAGGCGCGGGGGGCUGCUGCACACGGGCGGGCAGGUGGCGGGAAGCCAGGCCGGGCUGGCGACGGAGCCGGAAGCCGCCGCCGCCCGAGCGCGCAUCUCUACAGAGCGAUCCCGAUACGGCGGCAGUGGCGGCAGUGGCGGCGGCGGCGGCGGUUUGCCCGCCGGCGGGAGCACCCCCGACCUGGACGGCGGCGGCGCCGCCGCCAUUGGCGGGGUGCCGCUGGCCGCCGCCGCCGCCGGUCGGCCCUCCUUUGACCUGCACCCGGCAGCUUACGUGUCCUCUGGCGGCGGCGGCGGCGGCGGCGGCACGUUUGGCGUUAACAUGCCCUCGCCCUCGCGCCGUACGACCCGCAAGAGUUUCUCGUUCAACUCCCCAAACGGCGGCGGUUACGGUUACGGUUACGGCGGCGGCCCGGCGGCUGGUGGCGGCGGCGGUGGCGGCGGCGGUGGCGGCGGCAGUAACCCGGGACUGCAGUGGCAGUCUGGUGUGCUCCGGACCAACUGCAUCGACUGUCUGGACCGGACCAAUGUGGCGCAGUUCGCGUUUGGUCUGGUGGCGUUUGGCCGGCAGCUGUUCAAGCUGGGGCUGCACGACGUGCGGGAGAUUGACGCGGACAGCUCCGCCGCCUUCACGCUGAUGGGGUUGUACGAGGCCAUGGGGCACGUGCUGGCGCUGCAGUACGGCGGCAGUGAGGCACACACACUGUUCUUCCAGCGCAAGAAGGGCGAGUGGGAGGCGUCCAUGCACUCCAAAGACCUGGUCACCAGCAUCAAGCGCCUUUACUCCAACACCUACACGGACGCGGAGAAGCAGGACGCCAUAAACCUGUUCCUGGGCAACUUCGUGCCGCACCCCGGCUCCGGCUCCGGCCCUCAGCAGCCGCACCUGUGGCAGCUGGACGGCGACCAAUACCUGCACUCCGAGACCACCCUGCGACCCGCACUCAUCACGCCGCCAACAGCAGCAGCAGCAGCGGCAGCGGCGGCGGCUGUAGCAGUAGCAGGAGCCAUGCAGGGGCAGGGACAGGGCGGGCCAUUCUCAGACCCGGCGGGUCGGCGCUCGCGCACAGGCAGCAGCAUGAGCCUGGGCGGCGCGCCGCCGCCGGCGGCGGCGACGCCGCCGCCAUCGCUCUCAACAUCCACGUCAACAUCGCAACUGGCGCGCUCGCUGUCGCAGCAGCGCGGUGGCGGCGGUGGCGGCGGCGGCAGCGGCAGCGUGCGGCUGCUGCGCUCGCCCUCCGCCGCCGCGCGCUUCUUCGGCCUGCUGCCAACAGAGGCGGCCCUGCCGCUGGACAUCUCCUCCGAUGAUGAUGACGUCGACGGCGAGGCCCGUGCCCACGCCUACCACUCCCCGCCGCCGCCGCCGCCCAGCGUGCUUCCCGACGGCGGCACCGGCCCCUCCUCCGGAGCGGCGGCGGCGGGAGGAGGAGGCGGCGGCGGCGGCGGCGGCGGCGCGGCCGGUGCCUACGCAGCCUACUCCUCUGCCGCGAUUCCUUUCCACCGCGCCCCCAGCACCAAGGGCUUCUUCGCGAGCCUCCUGCCCUCCUUCACGAGCAGCGGCGGCAGCGGCGGCAGCGCAAGCAGCCGCGGCGGCGCCGGCGCGGGGCUGGGCGCCGGCGUGGGCGGCGGCGGCCUUGGCGGCGGCGGCGGCGGCGGCGGCGGUUUGUUUGAGCGGGUGGUUACGACGCUGUUGGCGCCCGGCGGCGCGGGGGCGGCGGCGCGCAUGGCGGCGGCAGGUGUGGGCGGCGGCGACGGCGGCCUGACGGCGGCGCAGCUGCUGCUGUCAUUCGACUCGGCACUUGCGAGGCAGCCCAAUCAGGUGUGGGCCAUCCGGCUUCACGGCGGCGAGGACGACGUGCAGGGCAGCAAUGCGUGGGCCGCGGUGCAGGCGGCCUUCAGCUUCUUCUGGACCACCGGCCGAGACAGGGACGGAGGAGGAGGAGGCGAGGGAGGAGGAGGAGGCGGAGGAGGAGGGGGAGGCGGCAUGGGGCCGGGGCAGCGAGCCCGCGCGAAUUACAGGCUGGACGACGCGCCCAGGCCGCCUCCCGCGCCCUUGGUCCGCGGCGCCAGCGGCCGCCUCCUCUCCACCGCUGGCUCCAUGGCGCCGCCGGGCCUGCAGGCCGCCGCCAGCACCGCCAGCGGCCUCACCUCACUGCCCAUGUCACCAGACGUGUCCAGGCACGGUGGCGGCGGCGCCGGCGGCGCCGGCGCGAGCGCCGGCGGCGCCGCCACCGGGGCGGCGGUGCAGCGUACGGUGACCAAUACGACCGAUGGCGGCGGGUUGAGUGACGGUGGCGGCGGCGGCGCCGCCGCCGCCGCGCCAGCGGCCCUGGGCUCGCCGACGUCGCCGAUCAGCGCGUACGGCGGCAGUGGCAUCGGCGGCGGCGCUGGCGGUGGCGGCGGUGGCGGCGGUGGCGGCGGCGGCCGGGCUGGGUCGCGGCACCUGGGCGCGCUGCUGGAGGCGAUGGUGGAUGCGGACCAUCUGGAGGGCGGCACAAACACGGGUGGCGGCGGCGGCAGUGGCGGCGGCGGCGGUGGCGGCGGCGGCGGCGGCGGCCGCCGCCACCAGGGCGCCGCCGGCCCAGGGCUGCGCACGGUGGCGGAGACCAUUCCCGCGUUGGCGGCGCCCUUCCCUGACGCCGGCGGCGGCGUGUUCAGCCGCGCCAGCAGCGGCGGCGUGGGCGGCGGCAGCGACGAUGGUGACGACGGCGUCUAUUACUCACUCACGGAUGCGGAGGCGGCGGCGGGGGCGGCGGCUGGUGGCGGCGCCGCCGGGGAGGGCGGCGGCGGCGGCGGUGUGCGGCGGGCGGUGGCUCAGAUGUUUGGCGGCGGGCUGCUGAGUCCGGAGGGCAAGGGUUCGGGCGGCGGCGGCGUCGGAGCUGGCAAGCAGCCGGGCGCACCGCCGGGCGCCGCUGCUACAGCCGCCUCCGGCAUCCCCGUGCUCAACGACUUCAUCGAGGUGGCGGGCGCGGGGGCGGCGGGCGCCAACUGGCGGGACGAGCACGCGCUGGACCCCGCGGCGCGGCGGCGGGCGGCGGCGGAGGCGGCCGCCAGGUCGCGGGAGGAGGAGCGGCAGCGCAAGCUGCUGACUGCGGCCUUGGAGGCCAGCGACCUGCUGGGUCUGGGGCUGGAGGACCUGGGCCUGCACUGGGAGCUGCAGCCCUGGUGGGCCGUGGAGCCGCGACCCGCAUACACACCACGACCCUGGGAGCCAGCGCCGGACCGCCGCCGGAGGACAGCCGCGGCGGCGGCGGCGGAGGCAGAGGCGGCCGGGCAGCGCGCCGCGGCGGCGGCGGCGGCGGAGGACAGGCGCCUGGCGGCGGCCGCUGCUGGCGACCUGCUGUCCUUCGACGACAACGACGACGCCAGUGCACAACAGCAGCAGCAGCAGCAGCAGCAGCAGCAGCAGCUACUACCGACACAACAUUGGCCGCAGCAGCAGCAGCAGCAGCAGCCGGCGGCGGCGCAGUUCUCGCCGGCGGCGGCGGCUGCUGUGGUUGCUGCCAAGCAGCGGCUGGAGCAGGUGGCGACGCUGCACUACGAGGUGGCGGCGGCGCACGCCGGAUCCAAGUUUGGCGAGUUCCUGGCGGCGGUACCAGCGCCGUACGGGCUGGCGGGCGAGGAGCGGCGGCGCGAGCUGGCGGCGUACGACGCACUGUGCACCAUUGAGCGCCUGUAAAGGAUACGGGGUACGGUUAUUGAGGAUGCUUUCACGGUGUUGGCAUUCUGGGGUUUGGGAUUUCGGGUUUAGGAUCUGGAGGAAGCACAGUACAGGCGCAGAAGAUGUGAUAAGAAGACGGGCACGGUACAGGAGUACAGGAGCAACUGCAGACCAGAGUGUGUAGAACAGGAGCAGGGAGCAAAGCAGAGAGCUGCCCAGACGAGAUGAUGGAGGGAGAAGCGGAGGCAGGUGGGAAGGUUGUAGAUACCAGCCCAAACAAGUGCGAACCCAAUGCAACAGAGCGAGGGGGUUGCCCUGGCGCUUUGGGCCCGGCGGCCGCAACCCUGGAUCAGCCCGAGUGUGUUAGGUAGGUAGCUAGUGUGACUGUGUGAUGUGUGGUUGUGAUGUGCACUUGGCAGUUGACACAAUUGACACAGUUGGCAGCCCGCUACCCGUCCCGCGUGCCUGGUCCCCUGCCAGUAAUUUUGGGGGUGAACGAAGCGGCGGCAGCCUGUUUCGUCAACCAAACGAAGCCAUUUUAAAGUAUUCGGCCACUGACGCCGCCCCUGCCUUCGUAAGAUACGAGCGCUGGCUGGCCCGCGUGCCUGGUCCCCGUGCGAGUGGCAACUGCGGACAUCCAGCCUGGGGCAUGGUGCUGGUGAGGGCGGGGCGGUAGGCUGAAACGUGUGACACGGCCCGUUUGCACAUGGCGCCAUUCACAAGCUCAUGCCUCGUGCGCGUUUCGUAACUCGUUAGACUCGCGUC